AUAUAGUUUUAUCUUGGCAAAGAUUGAAGAGACAAGGAUAUAUGAGACAUAGAGGUUUGUCAACUAGCCAUCUAUCAAACCAGAAAGAGGUCUGUUUUCCCAGCCCAAUUUUCAUCACUCUACCUUCUAGGUAGAUAUGCUUGACUUUCAACAAGUCAGACCACACAGGAGAGUCAUCAAGUCUAUGCUCGACAGAUCCAACAGUAUCUCCAUGUAGGUACUUUGCCCUGACAAUGUCCUGCCAUAAUCCCUCCUCAAACUCAACUUUCCACCACCAUUUACAGAGAAGGCUCAGAUUCAUGGUUCUGAUGUCUUUUACACCCAAGUCACCAUACUUCUUAUUCUUAAUAAUGAUGCUCCACCGUACUAGAUGGUACUUCCUUUUCUGAGAACCCCGUUGUACUUGCUGUUAAAGAUCUCAUCUUUAUCUUUGCAUUUCCAUCCAAGUCCAUGUCAUAAAAUUUCCAUCGCACUCCUGAGUCCUGACUCCUGUCAUACUCCUCCGUUCCUCUUUAUAGCAGAAUCAUAGAGAUUGUUUGCAAUUUUUCUUUGGAUCCUAGUCGGUUAAGGAAACAAGGAUCACGAUCUAUUUAGUCCAAACAGAGCAGACUCCCAGCAAUCACAUUCGCAAUGAAAUGAAACGUCCUCGCAUCUGUCUCCGCACGACGGCCGCCGGCGGCUCCGGCUGGUCCUCCCUCCCCGGCGACCUCCUCGAGCAGAUCUCCAGCUACCUUUCCACCGAUGCCGACCUCCUCCACAUCCACCAGGUCUGCGCCCCAUGGCGAGCCUGCACCUCUCCUCCCAUCGCUUUCCGCCCGUGGAUCCUGGCCCGCUGGACGGCCCGGAGCCCACCGCCGGCACGCUCUUGCAAUUACUCCGUCUGGCUCCCCCGCCGCCACCUCCAGCGGGAGGCGGACAUCGGCGCCCCGCCGGCCGGCCUCCCGUACCUGUACUGCUGCGGCGCAUCUCGCGGCUGGCUCGCCCUCACCGACAACGCCAGCUCCCCCACGCGGCUUGUGCUGUGGGACCCGGCCUCCGGCGCCGAGGUCCGCCUCCCGCUCCUGCCCGGCGUCACCCAGGUCUUCCUCUCCGCCGAUCCGCUCGCCUCGCCGGACUGGAUGGCGGUCGCAGGCCAGCGCUACGGCGACAUGGGGGCGCAGAAGUCCUUCUUCUGCCGGCCUGGGGACGCCGCCUGGAGCGCCCUGUGCGACCGACCCACCGCCGGGGUCGUCAGCGUAGCGUUCCACGCGGGGAGGAUAUACUGCUUGGAUUGGCAGCGAGUCCUCGUCUGCGACCUCAACCUUGGGCCGGCGCCACACGUCCAGAUCAGGAACAUCAGCGGCCACAUCAGCCGGCUCUGCAGAUGCGUCUGCGUGGACAGCUACCAUGGCAUCCGCGGGGUCCACAUGGUGUCCUGCGCCGGCGACCUGCUGCUCGUCGUCCUGCGCAGGGGCAGCGGCCACCCGUCCUUCGCCGAGAUCUAUAAGCUGGAGUGCCCGCCGGAGCGUGGGCAGCCACUGGAGCUCGGUGAACGGUGAUAGAGUGACGGACCUUGGCAACUACUCGCUCUUCCUUGGUUGCCGCGAAAACUUCGCCCUUUCUGCCAAGGAGUUCCCCGCUAUCAGGAGGAACCAUGUCUACGGCUUGGAAUUUGAUGGGAAUUACUCUCGUAGCUAUGACCACGCAUGGCCUGAUGAUUGGGCGUUUGUGUUCGACCUGGGUUCAGGUACUUUGAAAAAAAUUCCAUACCCAGGAGAGUUCAGGGACGACGGAAGCAAUUGGCACUUUGGCAGCCACUUUUCUGGUUGUGUCUCAGAAGCCCACUCAUGAUGAAGCAGCUAAACGCCUUACCGAGAAAUGAAGAUCCAGCAACACUGAGCUCUGCAGCUGGUGUUGAAGUUUUCAGAGAUGGCAUUCAGAGUAUCAUCUGUUGAAGAUCUAAUGGAGGGCGACGAACCUCUUUGUGACUACUCACUGUUUGUGGUCCAAUUUGAUGCAUUGUCCUUGUUUGCAAAUGGAUUCUAUGCCAUCAAGAAGAACAAUGUAUAAGUGUGCAGACAGACAUCACAAGCAUAUUCAGUAGGGUUUUCUCUACUAUUCUCCUAAAAAUACAUAAUGCCAAACUUAUGUGAAAUUCAUAAUAUCACUGUAGUAUAAAGGUUCAUAA